AUGCCGCCAGAAGGUGAAGGACAAGCGAAGCGGCGAUACUCGUCCAACGCAUGCAUGACAUGCAGGAGAGCCAAAAUCAGAUGCGACAACAAGAAACCCCGUUGUUCCAACUGCGUCUACCGCGAUGUCGAUUGUUUACUUGGCGAAGAUCGUCGAAAACCUGCCUCCAGCAUCAGCAAGAAUCCCAAGAACAACGGAGCCAACCUCGAAGAUAUCCCCACGAGCAACUCUUCGAUCAUGUCGCCGUAUGGCUCCAAAGGCCCGGGAACAUACAAGUGGCCGACGACGGGUCCAGGAGCUUCAAAUGUGGGAAGUGUCUCCUAUUCGACGCCAUCGCCUACAGGAGAGCCCAUAUUCAACCCUUUCAACCCUCUACCGCACGACGGACAACGCACGAGGUCGCAAUUUGCAGACGCCGGGGUUGACUAUUGGAUCGAAAUCGCUGGACAGGAAGGCUUCGCAGAAGCGAGCGAUGAGCUCGAUCUGCUGGACCUAGCCACGAUCGAUACGGCCCAUCUUUCACCCAUUUCCAAUGCUGACCUGCCCAAGGACACCCGCGGCGGAUUCAGACAGGACAAUCCCGACUACACGACUGUCAGUACAGCACAUGAUAUCGACCCAUUGUUCAGCCACGAACCGGAUGCAUUCUCUGUAUCGAAUGAUCCUGACCGACCCAAUGCUCGUCAGACGGGUGCCAACGAAGCAGAUAGCUGUCAGGUUCGGGUAGACGAGCCCACCGAACAGCUGGCCAGUCGGCUAGGUUGUCUGCGCAUCGCCGAGGAUGGCCAUUUGAGAUACUAUGGUGCUACCAGCAAUCUGCAUCUGAUCCGCAAUGGCUUCCAGCAUUGCUUCCAGCCCUCUAUUCGCACAAUUCGCACUCAUGGUCAGGAUGCCCUUGGCCGUGCCGGUCUACACUGGCCUCCGGACCCUCGAUACGAAGACCAUCUCACCACCUUGUUUUUCACCUGGCACAACACGUUCCUCGGUGUCGUGGAUGAGGCUGCUUAUUACCACCAUCGACAAUUAUACCGCGCCGGCAACACCACCAUUUACUUUUCUCCAACGCUGGAGAACGCAAUACUGGGAAUUGGUGCCGCGUAUGCAACUCGUAAACACCCGGCGAUCAAAGACGACCCAGCUGAAUUCUUCGCCCAUCGCGCGAAGGUGCUGCUGGACAUCGAGAUGGACAGCCCGAGCGUGGCAACAAUUCAAGCACUAGUAACUCUAUCGGCCCACGAAGCGGCCUAUGCAAGGGACUCCAGAGGAUGGCUCUGCGCAGGGAUGGCGGUACAACUCCUUUCGGAUUUGGGAUUACAUCUGGAGCUCGACCAUGCGCGCGUCUCAGACCGCGACACUCCAGACAUCACCAAUUUACGUCGAACAGUCUUCUGGGCUACGCAAGGAUUGGACAUCUUAUGGAGCGCCUACAGUGGCAGACCCUCGUCAAUCCGAUACGAUGAUCAGAGAAUACCAUUUCCUGCACCACUCAACUCCGAAACCUGGCGACCGUAUGUGGAUGAGGGUGGCCAGGCACAGAUCUCAGCCGGCCUGGAUGUGACUGUCAUCGGCCAAACCCACGUUUACAUGGCGCAGUUGACCACCAAAAUCCGGAAGAUAUCAAGAUUUCUCUAUACCGGGCCACAAGUUGCCAUGGCCGAAGCAAAGACCUUCGCCAGAAACAUGAUGCAAGACCUCCGGCACUGGCGGAAGUCUCUCCCUGCCGCGAUGCAGGUGCCUUUGGAUUCUGACGACGACGCCGACACGCCCAUAGCGCCGGCAGUGAUCAUGUUACAUCUGCAGUUCCACGAAGCAGUCAUUUUCCUGCAACGGCCCUUCAUAUCGGCGCCCGAGGCGCCGGGCACGAACAUGUUCAAGGCCGACCAGGCCGAGGACAGUGGAAGCAUCUGCGAUGCCUCUGCGAACGCCAUCUGUCGCCUUGUUGUCAUCUAUCGGCGGCAGUGGGACCUGCGCCGUGUCCACGCCCAAAUCGUCGCCAUCAUCCUCACGGCGGCGCUCAUCCAUGUCCACAAUUGCUGCGUCUUCUCCAGCUCCAAAGGGGUCCAGGCGCACAAACAGCUGUCGAUCUGCUUCCAGGCCUUGGGCGAAAUGUCCCACUUCAACAUGAGCACGCGGGCUCUCGAGAUCAUUUUGUCCCUGCGGCGAGAUUGGCAGGAUCAAAUGUUUCGCGACUCGGGGAGGAAGCGCCUCGGCGGUGAACUUCAACGGCUACACUAG